GAUCAGCUGUGCCGUCUCGGUCUCAAUCUAAUAAAAAAUUGAAUCAUAAACAUACACAUUGUGUGUUCAAAUGGAUAACAAUAAAUGUAUGGAUUGAGAAAAAUUAAUCAUCAAAAUGAGCGCUUGGAAGUUUCUUUGGAUUGCUAUACUAAGCGCUUGUCUUUUGGUUGCAAACGGGCUGGAAGACAAUACUGAACUCGUGGAUGAUAAUCAAGAUGAUCAGCUGUUGGCUGGUAAAGUCAGGUAUGACUAUUCAAAUGUAAAGACACCCCGUCCUACAGUUGGACUGCUCUAUCCACGUGAAUCGGAGACGCGAGAGGUGCGUUCCUUGGAUGGAAUAUGGAAUCUUAUUCGGAGUAAUGCCAGCGAUCCUCAGCAAGGCGUGAGAGAAAAAUGGUACAAGCGGACGCUCAGAUCAACAGGUCAUGAACUUAUUUUAAUGCCGGUACCAGCAUCCUACAACGAUGUGACUGUGGAUCGGCAAUUGCGCGACCAUGUGGGCACAGUUUGGUAUGAGCGUCACUUCUUUGUGCCCACUUACUGGCGUAAGGAUCGUGUACGCACCUGGAUACGCUUCGGUAGCGUUCACUAUCAGGCUGAUGUGUGGAUCAAUGGUCAGUUGGCAUUGCACCACAGCAUUGGUCAUUUACCCUUUGAGGCUGAGAUUGGACGCUUUGUCAACUACGGCAGCGAGAACCGUAUCACAGUAAUGGUGGAUAACCGUCUAACCAAUCGCACCAUUCCUCAGGGACAUGUCCUGAAGCAACCUAGCGACGAGGGCGUUGCCUAUGUACAAUCUUACACCUUUGACUUUUUCAACUAUGCGGGAAUUCAUCGUUCCGUGCAGCUUUUCACUACGCCGGAAACAUAUAUAAGCGACAUUGAGCUGAAAACUCAGUUUGUGAACGAGAAAAUGGGACGCAUUGACUAUCAACUGAGAAUUGGCAAUGGAUCUGACUCAGCUCCGCAAGCUAAUUAUGUAUUGGUGCAGCUGCGGGACAGAAAUAAUGUUGUGGUUGCCCAUCAAAUUAAUCAUAAUGUUCACAAUGGAACCUUUCUGAUACCCAAUGUGAAGCCUUGGUGGCCCUAUCUGAUGCAUCCGCUUCCUGGUUACAUGUAUACCCUGGAGCUGCAGUUAAUGUCAAAAAACAAAGAUAGUGAAGAGGAGGGGAGUGCUGUGCUCUUGGAUGCCUAUCGAAUGCCCGUUGGAAUACGCAGUCUAAGCUGGAGCAACCAAAGCUUGUACCUCAACGACAAACCUCUUUACUUGAGGGGAUUUGGCAAGCACGAGGAUUCAGAUAUUCGUGGCAAGGGCCUGGAUAAUGCGGUACUAUUGCGUGAUUUCAAUCUGCUCAAGUGGAUCGGGGCCAAUGCCUAUCGCACUUCACAUUAUCCCUAUUCCGAGGAAUCUAUGCAGUUUGCCGACGAGCACGGCAUCAUGAUCAUUGAUGAGUGUCCCAGUGUUAAUACGGAUUUGUUUGAGCCACAGCUAUUGGAAAAUCACAUGUCUGCAUUGGAGCAGCUCAUACAUAGAGAUCGCAAUCAUGCCUCUGUGAUUGCCUGGUCAAUAGCCAACGAGCCACGCACGAAAAAGAAGGCAGCCGAAGCUUAUUUUGGCGCCUUGGCGAAAUAUACAAGAACCAUUGCCCAGGGACGUCCGAUUACAGCUGCCAGCAAUGUGGACACGCCCACGGCCUGCAUGAUGUCACAAUUCUUGGACAUAACUGGCUUCAAUCGAUACAAUGCCUGGUACCACAGUCCCGGACGCACCGAUAUGAUUGUGCAGCCACUGUAUGAUGAGGCCAGAAAAUGGCACGAGCAUUAUAAAAAGCCGGUUAUUAUAUUUGAAUACGGAGGAGACACAAUGGAAGGAUAUCAUAGCUUGCCAGCCUAUAUUUGGUCGGAGGAUUAUCAGACGGAACUGUUCUCCAAACACUUCCAGGCAUUUGACAAAUUGCGUAAACUCAAGUGGUUUAUUGGGGAAUUUGUGUGGAAUUUUGCCGACUUUAAGACUGAACAAACCUACACACGAAUGGGUGGAAACAAGAAGGGCGUCUUCACUCGCAAUCGCCAGCCCAAGGACGCGGCUCAUUUAUUGCGAAAACGAUAUCAUGCAAUUGCAUUUAAACUGGACAAUGCCAGCUUUCCGUCGGAUCUCUUCGAGUAUAUUAUCGACUGGUAUUGAUUACACUUUGAAGCAUAAAAUGCUAUCAAAGUUGAUCUACUUCACAUAACCAUAUAAUGUAUUAUUUAUACUGAUAGUAUCACACUUUUAACUAUGCUAUUUCAACACAACUGUCAUGGACAAGAUGCGUGCAAUAACUGGGUCAUCCUCGCUCGACUAAUGUCAGCUUUUAAUUAAAUGCUGUUUCUGAUAUUAAACCAAAUAUUGUAAAACUUUAAUUGAAUAAUAAGACUCAGUAUACAUACAUAACUAGGCUUCGCGAUCUGUAAGCAAAUAGGAGAAUUCUGUAGAAAAUUUAAGUAAAUUACCGAUAAUGUUCCAACAA